GCGCUCGGAACAAUUUCUCGACGUCACGUGGCAUCGCGCGGAAGGCGGAUCAUGCAGCGACCGGAGCUAGUCUUGAUGAGACCUAGUUGCCUUUCGAGUUGAGCACGGCCCCCACACAUGGCUGGGAUGAGUACGUACUCUGUGGCUCAAUUGUCGCAGCUUCCUUUCAAUUAAACCCAACGCGUUUCUCCACUUAUUCCUGACACGCAUGUGAAGAGCUGCGACGCGUCCCUCAAAGAAAGGGAAGGGACGGCUCCUGCAGCUUGCUCAGCCUGCUUGACCAACCCCUCAAGUCCAAUUCCUUUCAGCCUUCUCGUCAAUUGACAACCAUGACAUGACAAUCUCUUCGGGAGAAUCAAUUCUCAACUGAAAAGCUUCCAUCUCAAGCACCAUGGCGACUCCAAGCCGAACCAAGACCACCUCCCAGAGCAGUGCACUUCUCCUCGAGAAACUGUCGGCUGUUCUGCCCAAGGGCUACCGCUUUGGCAUCUACCACCUCUCAACUCCUCCGACCAAGACGGACGCCCUCUACUCUGCACCCCCCGAAGAACGCGAAGACAAGACCUUUUGCGAGAAGCAUUUCCUUGCAAUAUCCAUCGAUAUUUCCUCAAGCACUACCGACGCUGCGCUAGAAGCAAAGGAGACUGCCUCGAAGCAAGUUCUUGUCCUCGCGCUAGAGGUUUACAUCUACACGACUGCAUACUCCAGCACUUUCUUCGUCGCCAAGGCCGAUUCAACUGGCUACCUGAAGCUUCUCAACCUUCCCAAAGGCACCUUGUCGCCAAUCAAGGAGAUUAGCAGUGCCUUUGCCUCGUACCUGGUCGAGCAGCGCAGGCGCAAGGGCAUCCAAUCCAUCGUCAGUCUCUUCGCCCGGGCUCAAGAUCAAUAUCUCUUCCCUGGGUCCGUCGAGUACAGUGGCAAGCAUGUGCUCGAUGACAGAGGACUAGUGAAGUGGUGGUGCAAAGUCCUGGACCCUCUCUUGGAAAACCCUCCCGUGGGAAAGGGAGCUCCAUGGGGUACUGUCAAAGGCUACCUCGUCAUCCCGGGACUCGAUAAUUACGAAACCAAGGCAUUCCUGCCCAAGACCCCACAGAGCGCGACAAAUUGGGUCCUGGGUCACGCUCUCGAGAAGAUCUCGCAUUACACCAAGGAAUACGAUUGGGUACCCGCACGAUGCCUUAUCCCCCGUUUCCCAGACGAUCCGAAAUCCCGAUUCCGAGACGAGCUAGAUGAAGAAGCGGGCAAGUCGAAGCAAAUCAAGACCACUGGACAAUGGAAGAGCGUAAAGAGCUUGGAUACCUUCUGGGAAAUGAUGGCAUACAGACAAGAAUGUUCCAGCGGGCGGCUCACGGGCUUCAUCUGGAUUGUCUUUGAUGAGGAGGCCGAGCAAGUGCAGACUGACAGUGCCUCUGCAAAUCUCCCAACACCGAACCCUUCUUUCGAUACGUCCAACCCGCCCGUCACGCCUAGCAAGCAGAAGACAGUACGGCCCGUCACGCCCAUGUCCACACCUCGAAAGCUGUUCCCCGUGUCACCUUCUGGCACACCGACUAAGACGAAGACUAAGCCAGAGAAGCCAGAGAGCAAAAACAAACAUAAGAAGAACAAAUCUCAGUUGACGGGAGUCGUGAAGCCAAGACAGCCACGCAUCAAGACUCAACAGCGUAACUACCUGCUAGACAAGCCAAUCUCGACUGCCUAUUACUACUGGCCUGCUGAGGGUAGGGGCCGCAAGAUUGUCGAUGAGAACGAUUACAAGAGAGUCAAUGAGCUCCUUCUACGCCUAGACUUUGCCAAACCAGAGAUCGCAGUUAGCGGUACGCGGCGAUGGAUUAGCGAGGUCGGCAUGGGAGACAACUGGGGCAUGCAGGUUGUGGGCAGGAAGGAGACUCUACCGCCAGCGUCAAAUGGCUUUUCGGCGAACGCCGUGAAUGUCAUCUCGGGCCUUAUUAAGCGCAAGCGUCCGGAGGACUCUGCGACUCCUACUUUGGAUGAGCCGGCGACCAAGGUUAAUGUCCUCAGUACGGGGCUCGUCCGAAAGAAGUCCAAAGACGAAUCCGCGGCCGCAGCGGCGAACGGUGGGGAAACUCCGCAAGUCAACGUAUUGGGAGCCGGCCUCGUCCGCAAGAAGCGUGACGUAUGACUUCGAGGGUCAAGGAAUCGGACAUCUUAGGAGUACUAGCAAGGCGUUGGAUUAGGAAUACCAGGUAACAGGAUGGUUUGUGUUCACCUACGGAUACUGGGAUAGGGUUUGGGAAAGCCCGAUGAGGACGGGGCAUCAAGGGCAUAUUAUUACGUUACUCCAAAUUGAUCAAAAUGCUGUAUUGAGGCAGCAAGUUUACAACAUUUGUAGAUCUUCAUUAAACACGAAUUGGUCUCGAUUCGCACAAACC